GCACCUCCGAGGAGCGAGGGCGCCGUCUAGUCGACAUGAGCGGCGUCUGGCGGCUGCUGCGCUCGCUGAAGCUCCGGGCUUUGGGGCCAGCAAAAGAGUAUGUGGGAACCGACCCCUCCGGGAACAAGUAUUACCGGAUCCCGAAGCACGAAACGUGGGCAGGACAGAUCAUCAAGGAGAGAAGAUUUGCAGAAAAUUUAGGUGUAAAGGAGUACGAGUAUGAAGUGGGGAACAUGCCAACAGAAUGGGAAGCUUGGAUUAGGAAAAAAAGAAAAGACCCACCAACAAAUGAGGAAAUUCUUCAGAAUGAGGAGUAUAAAGACAACAUAAAAAGGAGGGCUGAAGAGGUUUCUGAGAAGGAGAGACUCUUGCAGGCUAAAGAGUAUGAAGAAGGGCUUGUGGCAGAACCACUUCAAACCCAGAUUAAAGGCCAUGCAUCUGCCCAUCACUAUGGAAAGAAUGAGCCCUCAGAAGAGCCAGUUAGUACAGCAAAUACUUUUCAGCCUGGAGCCUGGAUGCCUCGUCAGGACAGUGCCCGUAAUAAAUAAGACGCCAGAUGCAAAGUUUCAGGAAUUAGAUGUAUAAUUAUGUUAAUAAGUACCAUAAGUGAAGGAAGCUAUUUUCUCGAAUACUUUAUAUCACGCUUCCAAUACAGGCCAUAGGCCUGAAAAGGUCCAACAACAUUUUUAGAAAAGCUAGUUUCGAAUCUGCUCACUUCAGCUUCUUGUGCAUUACUUGUGGAAAUGACUUUGUGUAAAUAGAAGCAAGGCUCUUAUUAAAAUGUUAAAUGAUUCAACAUUUGCAUUCUAAAAUUCA